UUUUGAGCUUUUUCCGGCAUUUUGGACGAAAAAAAAAAUCAAGUAAAUAAUUCUAAGUCACCCGUCCCUUUUAAAUAAAUUCAUUUUCGCUUUAGCCAAAUUUUAAAAGAAAUCUCUCUUCAAUGUUAUCAUCCGCUUGGCGAAGUGUUGCAAAUAGCGUCGAGUCACAAUUAACGGCCGCAUAUUUUCGAGGUUCGAUACGGAGCAGUCGAGCUCCGAUUUGCUCAUUUGGUGCUGGGAUAAGCAUAAGCAAACGAUUUCUGGUUUUGCAAAUCUGUUCAAGUCCAAGUCGCAGAAGUCUCGUCAAUUUUCAAAAGUUACGCACCGUUGGUUUAAGAGGCAUGCAUAGCACUUUGGAGGAUGUGGCAUUGGCCGGCAUGCAGGUGAAAAUCUUGCCAGCCCUGCAGGAUAACUACAUGUACUUGAUUAUCGAUAAUAAAACAAAAGAGGCCGCUGUUGUGGACCCCGUGGAUCCCGAUCUAGUGAUUAAGACAGUCAAUGAGGAAAAGGUGACCUUGAAGAAGGUGCUAACUACACAUCAUCAUUGGGAUCAUGCAGGUGGCAAUGAGAAACUGGUUAAACUGUGGACUUCUGGCGAAUUGAAGGUCUAUGGCGGAGAUGAUCGCAUUGGAGCUCUUAAUGAAAAAGUUCGCCAGAAUGACACCUUCAAUAUAGGGUCACUGAAUGUAAUGUGCCUAUCGACGCCAUGUCAUACCACUGGGCAUAUUUGCUAUCACGUCUCAGCAGCGGAUGAUGCAGCCGCUGAUUCUGGUGCUGUUUUCACUGGCGACACCCUCUUCCAAGGUGGUUGCGGUCGCUUCUUUGAGGGAACACCCGAGGAGAUGUAUGAGGCAUUGUGCACUAAACUGUCAGCUCUGCCCGAUGACACCAAAGUGUUUUGCGGUCACGAAUAUACACUCCAGAACAUGAGCUUUGCUCGUCAUGUUGAGCCCGACAAUCAGCUCAUUCAGCAGCGCAUCGAGUGGGCCAAACUGCGUCGUGCCUCACAGGAUCCAACUGUCCCAUCAACCAUAGGAGAGGAGAAGUCCUGGAAUCCAUUUAUGCGCGUUCAUGAGUCCACAGUACAGAAGCAUACAGGAAAUACUACAAAUCCGAUAGAAACUAUGGGCAAGUUGCGCAAAGAAAAGGAUAAUUUUAAGGCCUAAAAUGCUUUAGAAACGCUAAUAGUUAAUUUUCUUAAAUCGUUUCAUAAAUUGUGAUUAGAAUGUAACAGGAAUAAAUAAAUAUGGUUGGAAUUUUACAAUACUGCAAA